CCCGGGGCUGUGCCAGCCUUCCCCACCAGGCUCUGCUCACUCCCGCCCGCUGUUUGGCCAUUCGGCUUUUGUCUCCUCUGGACGCCUCCUCCCCUGCCCUUGUGUGCUGGCACACAAAUGCUGUCCUGGCUCCAGCUCUCCCUGCACCCAGAGCUGGGAGAGCUCCGGGAAGCCUGGGCCUGUGGGAUUGCUGUACAGAUCCACCAUGGCCUCUGACAUGGAGAACUGCGGAUCAGCUGAGGCUUUGAUGUUGCUGCCCAGAGCUUGACAGGACACUGGGGCCACAGGAGAGGGGACACGCCGGCCGCCGUCCCCAGUGACCUGACUGCAGAAGAGCGUCAAGAACUGGAAAACAUCCGUCGGAGGAAGCAGGAGCUACUGGCUGACAUCCAGAGGCUGAAGGAAGAGAUAGCAGAAGUUGCUAAUGAAAUUGAAAGCCUGGGAUCCACAGAGGAAAGGAAAAACAUGCAGAGGAACAAACAGGUAGCCAUGGGCAGAAAGAAAUUUAACAUGGAUCCUAAAAAGGGGAUCCAGUUCUUAAUCGAGAAUGGCCUUCUGAAGAACACUUGUGAGGACAUUGCCCAGUUCCUGUAUAAAGGGGAAGGGCUCAACAAAACCGCCAUCGGUGACUACCUUGGGGAGAGAGAUGAGUUCAGCAUCCAAGUCCUGCAUGCGUUUGUGGAGCUGCACGAGUUCACCGACCUGAAUCUUGUCCAGGCCUUGCGACAGUUCCUGUGGAGCUUCCGGCUCCCUGGAGAGGCCCAGAAGAUUGACCGAAUGAUGGAGGCCUUUGCCCAGCGGUACUGUCAGUGUAAUACUGGGGUCUUUCAGUCUACAGACACUUGCUAUGUCCUGUCCUUUGCAAUCAUAAUGCUGAACACCAGCCUGCACAACCCCAACGUCAAAGACAAGCCAACGGUGGAGAGGUUCAUCGCCAUGAAUCGAGGCAUCAACGACGGAGGAGACCUGCCCGAGGAGCUGCUUCGGAAUCUCUAUGAGAGCAUCAAAAACGAACCCUUUAAAAUCCCAGAAGAUGACGGGAAUGAUCUCACUCACACUUUCUUCAAUCCAGACCGAGAGGGCUGGCUACUCAAGCUUGGAGGUGGCAGAGUAAAGACCUGGAAGAGGCGAUGGUUCAUUCUGACUGACAACUGCCUUUACUACUUUGAAUAUACCACGGACAAAGAGCCCCGCGGGAUCAUCCCCCUGGAGAACCUGAGUAUCCGAGAAGUGGAGGACUCCAAGAAGCCGAACUGCUUUGAGCUUUAUAUCCCUGAUAAUAAAGACCAGGUGAUUAAGGCCUGUAAGACGGAGGCAGACGGGCGAGUGGUGGAAGGGAACCACACUGUGUACCGCAUCUCAGCCCCAACUCCUGAGGAGAAGGAAGACUGGAUCAAAUGCAUCAAAGCUGCCAUCAGCAGAGACCCUUUCUACGAGAUGCUUGCAGCACGGAAAAAGAAGGUCUCCUCCACAAAGAGACACUGAGGUGCACUGGGGCACGGCCAGCCCAAGAAGCAAGCUGUGGCCUUUUCUCCUGCCUCCCCUGAGGGUGCUGUGGAGCCAGCAGAGGAGAGCAGAGGGCUUCUCUGCCAGCUCCUGCCUGCUCCUCUUCUAGAGACUUGCUUCAGCUUCUGCAGUUUUCUAAGUGGGAGAAGGGUGGGCGGUGAGGGCUCGGCUGGAGACUCUGCUGCCACUCAUGGCUCUGGAGCCACUCUCAGAACCAGCCGCUGCUAGCAGCAGAGCAGCUGCUUCACAGGCCUCAGCUCAGCAGGGCUGAGGGCACCGCAGGGAGCUCGCUCUUUACCUCUCAGUGUUCCUGGCCAAGGGCCUUCACCUCAUCUCCGUGAAUGCCUGUAAGGUGUACUCCAAUGUACUAAGGAGAGAGGAGGAAAGGAAGAGAAGCCACGCACUAUAAAGAUUUAUUUUUGUUUUUUUUUUUUAAAGCAAAAGUGAACAUAGCACUGUACUCUGCUCUCCUGUGCCCUGCUUGGGGAGCUUCCUCUAAAAAGGGGGGCUCUGGGGCUGCAGGCACCCCAGGGGCUGCUGCCUCAUGACUGUGUGUGUAAGAGGGGCAGAAACAGGAUUGCUGGCAGGGCCCAGCAGACAUGGGGAGGCCUCAGGGCCCCAGCAGGGCAGUGGACAGGGUGAAGGUGGUUAGCGCCUUGCCUGGCCCUCAGUACCCAGGCCCACUGCUCUUUAAAGUGGAAAGUCUGCAUUUUCCUAACAACCAAAACUGUGAGGAGCUCACCCAUGGUGCUGGGUGACGACUGUUUCAUAGCUGGUUUUUCUUUCUCCUCCCCAAGAGCUCCACUCCUCGUUCUAGAGGAAGGAGCAGGUCUUACCUGAUCCCCUUGGGACUUCAGCCUUUUCUGCCUCAAAAGCCGCCCCAACUGGACUAUUCUGGUGCACUCUGUGGUAGCCUCCAGGAGCAGGGGCCUUGCUCAGCAGGUUGCAGUGCAGUCAGGCAAGGGUAAGGUGGCCUUUUUGUCCCCUGCCCUCUAUGGCAUACCACAGCACACACGUGAGUGAACCCUGGUCUCCUAGGUGAAGGGAGCCAUGAAACGCAGCAUCUCCUGCCGUUCUCUCAGGGACUCUCAAGGGCAGCUCCUGUUCCUUGGCCAGGGCUAGCAUGCCAGUCUAGGCAGAGCAGGUGGCAGGCGGUGUCUUGGCACACUCCUCCACGUGGCCAAGGCCUUGGUGGCAGAAUGCUGCCUCCAGGCAGGUGGAGGAGCCAUGGGUCCCCACUGGGCUGUGUGAGCUCAGCCUCUCUGAUCUCAGAAGGAGGUCAGCAUCUCUGGAAAUAGCUUUGCAGAGAAGGUUGGGUGUGGGGAUGGCACUUGGCCCCUUCUGUGGAUCCAGCAGGAUCCGGCCUCGAGUGGCUUCAGGUGCUCGAUGCUCAAGUGUGUGAAGAUGACAGUGACUGCUGAGGGUCCAGGCUGGAAACCUGAGCCUCCUGCAGCAGAACCAGUCAAUGCCUGCCCAGGUUGUGCGGGGCAUCAGGCCUGUGCCAGAGCCCCUACUUCACACCAGUUCUCACUGGUGUGUCCUAGGCAGGCCAGCACCUGGCUCAGUGUCAGUCUAUUUAUCAGAGGUGUAAAUAAUCCAUACAUAGUUUUUCUCCUUUUAGAUUAUUUUGUAUUUGUUUAAAAAAAGAUUUGUCAAAAUACAAAGAAAUGACUGAAACUUGUUGACAGGGUUUUUAAAAAAUGUUAUUAUUAUUGUUUUGGUUUUGCCUUGUAAACUAGCUCCAAGGAACUGCAGCAAAUAAACUCCAAAUCUGCCCAAACCA